AUGGUCGACAAUAUUAAUGAAACUGGCGGGGAAGAUUUGACAGGUUUAACGCAAAGUUUGAAUGGUAAGUCUUCGAUAUAUACUGUAUUAUUAAAUGCUGAAAUGCUGUCAUUUUUUUAUUUUUAUACUGUGAGAAAAUGAGAAAUUAUAUUUGUAGAUAAAUAUAAAUAAAAUAGUAUUGUAUUAUUUCAUUGACACAAGCCUGCCCUGUACUACUGUAGCACUACUUUCUAGCAGAGAUUAAUGUAUAAAUUAUCUUAUAAAUUCUUAGAUAGCUCAUGUGCAAAACCAGAAGCAAAUGAAAUAAAAACCUGUUGUGAUUGUAAGAAAACAUUUAAAUCAUGUUCAUGUAAGGUACAGUAAUCAAUUUAUCACACGAAACAUAUGACACUAUAGCCCCGUUUACAGACUUUACAUUAUGCUCAAGUUUUGGUAUGGCAUGGAUAAAACUGGUACCUGUACCACUUUUUUGGUUCUUGGACAGUAUUUAGCUAAGCCCUGUUUUUACACUACGCUCAAUUUUUGGUACCGUACCACUUUUUGGUUCUUAGUCCAAGAAACAAAAAAGUGGUAUGGGUACCAAUUUUAUCCAUGCCGUAUCAAAAAUUGAGCGUAUAGUGUAAACAGGGCUACUGGCAUGAGUUUUUGGAUUUGGUUUUUUUCUUUAAAAUGUUGAACAAUCUGGUAAUAAUAAAACCUUCUGUCAUACCAAAGACCCGAAUGUAAUGAACGUAAAAGUAAAAUAUAGCUUUGCAGGACUAUACUACAUACAUACCGGUAGUUAAUAUCUUAUUAUCACCAACACUGGCAGAGACUGUUUGGGGUUACGUUACUGGAUUAUCAUUCUGUGAUAGUAUGUGCUUAAACCACUAAAGUCCUCUAAUGAUUUUAAAUUUAGUCCUGUGCAAAAUGUGGAGCAUUAUUUCAAAAAUAUUUUGGAACUCCUGUUGUUAAGGGGAGGUAAGUGUAGUAAUACUCACUGACCUUGUCGUGCGGCAUCUUGUGGAAGAAACACCUUGGUAGGAGCUUGUCACAUAUGAUCUGCCAAUAUCUAGCUGAUUGUUAAUAGGUCUUUUCCCUUUUUAGUGAAAUUUUGAUCUAGACAAGUCUGGACAAAAAUUUCAUCACAGCUUGAAAGAGCAUCACAAAAUAUUAGUAAUAUUCCAAAGUUUCGUUGCGAAAUGUUGUAAAAUGUGGAUAAUAUAGCCUUGCAAAGUUUGCCGUUUUUCAGUCAUUUUGUAUUACAAUCUAACAUUUUGCAUCAGUUUGAUCAUCUGAUGCAAAAUGUUAGAUUGUACAGUAAUACAAAAUUACUAAAAAACGGCAAACUUUGCAAGGCUAUAUUAUCCGCAUUUUACAACAUUUCGCAACGAAACUUUGGAAUAUUACUAAUUUUGUGAUGCUCUUUCAAGCUGUGAUGAAAUGUUUGUCCAGACUUGUCUAGAUCAAAAUUUCACUUAAAAGGGGAAAUGUCUAUUAACACAUGCAAUCAUGUCUUUGAUUAUUUCAUGUUAUGGAAGUAAGCAAUUCACUUGCUGCACAUAGAAAAAUGUCAACUACUACAUUCCACCCUCCUAAUUUACAUAACAUUGGCAAUUAAAAAUCUGCUAGAUUUCAUUUGAUCAUUUUUAAAGGAGCCCUACAGUCAUUUUUUCAUCGAAAAGCCACCUUAAGUAGGGGACUCCCUGGAGAUUCAUUUGGUUGUAUCUUACAUGCAGUAUCCAUGAGUAUGAGUACUUCCGCACACCGGAAGAUGCAUGCAUGCUGUGGUGCGCAUGUCAAGUAGCGACAAUAACGAAAAAUGUAAACAAUACUUAAGGUGGCUUUUCGAGUAAAAAUGACUGUAGGACCCCUUUAAUAAUAGAUGUUUCAAUUCGCCCCCAGGUCACACUGUCGUAUUUGCUGUGCGGCAGUAUGUAUCACAUGUCAUGUGAUUGUCUACGACACCUUCAAAAUAUGCACAAGAUGUCACAUCAAGCAAAAGGAGGAUGAACUGAGCACUCAAAUGGCGUUAUCAGCAAUCAUCAACGCCAAGAGUUGUAGCGAGUUUGGAAUUGAAAACUUAAAUUUAGCAAGCACAAAUGUGAGCAGUCAAGAGAAGAAAAAUGAGAUCUUAAUCAGUGCAUCAAAAAAAGGUAAUUAAUAAAUAUUAACCCAUUGACAUUUCUCCCCCUGAUGAUCGAGUAAAAUUGUCAGGCAUUACUUAGACAUCUGGAGUAAAAUAAUAAAAUAUGGUGCAUCAGGGUGCAUUGCCACUUAAAGACCAUGUAAAGUAUAUUCUGCACAUACGUUCGGGGCAGGCUUAAAUUCCAAUGGUCAGGACCUGACUGUUGGAAUGUUAUUAAUAUUUUGUAUUUUUUUAACUUUCUUCAAUUGAAUCUCUAGUCUGUAUUCAUUUACAAGCAUGGCGAACCAGAAGAGUGUUAAAAAUUCAGUAAUAUAUAUCUAAUCAUAUUUUACAACUGUAGCACUGAGUUCAAAAUGUAAACAAAGCAUUUCUUUACAUUACAGACUUUACAUGGUCUUUAACUCAAAGAUCUUGUACUAACCAUGGAAGGAAGAUUAGCAACACCCUGCCAUGAGAGGAAGAUUAGCAACACCUUGCCAUGUAGUUCUGCCUGCAAUUAAUGGAAUUCCAGUACUAAAAUUGUACAUUUUAUUUUCAGGUGAUCAUCAUGUUGUCUCCACCAUAUUGAGUGCUGGAGCUGAAAUCAAUCACAAAAACUCAGAUGGAAACACAGCUUUAUUUUUUGCUUCUCAUGGUGCUUAUUUACCUUGUAUGGCAUUGCUGAUUGUAAGUAUGAACGUUUAACCCAUUCCAUUGUGCCCCAAUGUGCUUUAUUUAGCCCUGUUUCAAUCUCGUUUCCCGAGCCUGCGAUACUCGGGAAGGAACGUGAGGCUCUGGGAUAAUCCGUUGCCGGAAGCCAGGAAUUCAUGUCUAAGAUUGAACUACGCAUCCAUGCAUUUCAACGGCCAAUCAGAUUCAUCCCUGAAACGGAUUAUCCCAGAGCCUCGCGUUCCUUCCCAAGGAUUGCAGGCUCGGGGAACGAGAUUGGCCCUGUUUACACUACGCUCAAUUUUUGAUACCGUGUUGUACGGGUACCAAUUUUAUCCGUGCCGUACCAAAAAUUGAGCGUAUAGUGUAAACAGGGCUUUUAUUAUAUUGACUUUCACCUGUCUUGCAAGGGAAAUCACUCUAAUCACUCAAUGGAUUAUUGCAUGAUGAAUAAUAUUUCAUUCUUAUGUUGUUUCAGGAAAAAGGUGCUGAUUGUUCUGCUGCAAAUAAGGUACAAAUUUAUUAAUUCUUUAUUGGUGAAUUAAAAUUUUACUUUGUUAUUAAUAUAUGGAAUGAAAUCCCCUCUUUUUUUGUAGUUUGAUUGGACGCCGCUGCAUGCGUUAGCUUGGUGAGUUCUACCGCCUUCAAUAAUUAUACAUCUGGGUACUGUACAUCUGGGACCCAACCUCUGUCGCAGGGACUUUCCACCGCCCUGGGUACAAGGAUGUAUGUGACCAUGCUUGUUCCUGGUUUUUUUUUGUUGUUUUUUGACACAAUGUUUAGAAUACCCUGAUGGAGAAUUUUGCAAGUAAAUAAGUGAAUAGAAAUUAAUUAGUGUGUUUUUUAUGAUACAGUUAUGGUAGAGGAGAGAAUGUUGUUGAAUGUGCCGACCUUCUAAUUCAGGUAAUUGUAACAAUGUUAUGUGGUUAACUCUAAACAUAGUACAUAAGGGGCGGACCAUUAGAAAUCUCGGGGGGGGGGGUAUAAAAUAUUUGCGGCACGAAUUUUUUUUUCAGUCUUGUGUCUCUGCAGGAAUUUUUUUUAAUGCAUUUAACCUCUGCACAAAUUUGUUUUCAAGACUAUUUGUACUUCGCUGUUUGCUUGCACAAUUUUUUUCUCUGACGUUAUGGCUGCACGAAUUUUUUUUCCAGGCAUUUUCCUUUGCACGAAUUUUUUUUUUAAUUUUCACCCCCCCUCCCGGGAUUUCUAAUGGUCCGCCCCUAAUGAACCAAGACUAAUGUUUUAUUUCUGCAUCAGAUGGGAGCAAUGAUAUUUGCGAUGACAGAUCGAGGUGAGACAGCCGGGGAUCUUGCUGAACAAAGUGGACAUCAAGAAGAGCUAGUGACAAUACUCAGAGCUGCCGAAGGUAUGUGUCAAUUUGUACCUAAAUGUUGGUGCUGGUGUAACUUCAUUGUUUAAUAUAUAUUUUAUUCAUGAUAUGCCAAGCAAUUAAUCUCUGCAAGUAGAGCAUCCCUGAGGGACAUAGGCACUUCGCUCCUGUUUUGCAUCCUCAUCUGUAGGCCUCACUGUGGUUAUUAAAUCUGUAAUCUCCAUGAUUUUAGUUGAAGAAGCAAUUAGAUGUCUGUAUUCCAAGAUGUCCAUUUCAGGUACAGUGUAUGGUUAGUUUCUCAUUGACCACCAUAUUCUGCGUGAUCUACCACCAUCUUUGCACCAAAAUAAGGGUAAAACCCACUAAUAUUUAACCAUAAAGGUACAUUCAGUUAUCAACUAGUUAUGUCAAGCUUUUUCUUCUGCUAGAACUUGGCAAGGAAAGAGAAACGUGGAAAUAUUUAAAAACUCUUCUGAAAGUUGUCACUGAUAUUCAGACAUCACAAAGUGACAAUGGUAUGCAUUUUCUAUGAAUUUUGUUGAAUCAACGUUUGCAGCCAACGGUGAUCAAUUAUUUACAUUUUAUACUUUGUACACUUUGAAAAUUCCUCCUUUUUAAUCUUUGAUUGCAGAAGAUAUACUGGUGCAUCCAAAGCUCAAUAAGACAGAGGAGAUUUUCUCAAAAAUUUUCUCAUUAAACAGAGUAAGUUUGCAAUUAGCUGGGUAAAAUAUUCCUACCACUGAAAGCUUGUUCAAUUGAUUGGCACUACCUACAAAGACAGUUUUAAAAAAUUCCAGACUUUUUGUCAGUUGUUGAAAGAUUUUAGUACUAGUUUAAUAUCUUGCUUUCUUUAGGUGUUUUCCCGACCAAAAACAUCAAAUCAAGUUUGUCAGCUUUGUGGUAUGUUUUUCUAGCUACUGUAUGAAAUGUGUUGGUGCUAAAUGUAGGUAGAUACGAGAAGAGACAGUUGUGGUGUGAAGCAUAUUACUACUAACUCAAAAAUAUAAGAAGAAUGUUUUACGUUUCAAACGAAUACCUUUAUUAGGAAGUUACUAUCAGUAGUAGUGAAUGUAAAAGCGAUCUCAUGACAAAAAUAAACGAAUCAACGAAUGAGGAAAUGGAAAGAAUUAAGCAAUGAUACAGAAGUUUUCUACAGUAUAACAGAAUAUUCUUUCGACUUCAGGUCAGUGUUCCACAUACAGAGGCGAUGUUGAACCUGUUGUACGCACUCCGCUCAAGGAACCAGACACACCACAAGUACAUACAUACAGUACUGCAUCAUUUCUGUGAAUUUAAAUUGUUAACUAUUUCACCAAAACUAAUAAGCAAGAUUGUUAUUCCUGAACAGAUAAAAGAACAGCUUGACAAGUGUCAGCAAGAGAAAGAUGAACUGGAGAAACAAUGUAAGAAAUUAAUGAACUCCAUUGGUGCAGCUGCCAAUGCAAGAGAGGUCAGUUUGCUCGUCUUUACGUCUGUUUCUUUCAAUCUCACAACAGUCUGGAGUCAGAUGCUUCCAUCACCAAAUUGUCCUUUCAAGAAAUGAAUUUUUUCUUUCACUUGUUUUUCAGAAACAAGAACUAGAGAUUCGUCAUCUUAAGAAAGAACUGGGUAAAUUCCGUGAAGAGAAAGACCUUGCUAUUCAACGGGUAAGGAUAACAACCUGGCAAUGUUUCAAGCUUUAGUUUCCAUUUAGUGCAUUAGGUGGCUUGCACCAGCAGUCACAUGGAGGACAGGAGAAACUAAAGAAUCUCAUGUGAAUCUCACAUUACACUGUACUUAUCCCCAUCUGCCUUUAUGUUGAAGUUUCUUGGAUAGCUUGAAAGCGACCUGUUCAUUCGUAUUUUAGUGUGAGGCAACGUGCACGAACAAGUUAACAAAGAUUCAUCAAGAAGCUGAUUUUGCUGUGCACAAGGUAUCAUAUUCUUCUUCUUUACCAGAUGGCAAUGAACGGUCUUCUGUUAUGUCUCAUCAUCCUCUUGAUUCUAUCAAAGAAAACAUCUCUCCAGUGCACAUGAAACAAUGGUGGCAAGCAGUAGCGUAGCCAGCCCGACGAUUUAGUCCUGCUAUGCAAAUAUGUUCGUGUUCAUUGACUGUGAAAACAAUCAAUUUCUAAAGAAAUGAAUAAUGAUAAUAAUUUUGAAUUUGCAUAGCGGGACUAAAUUGUUGGGCUGGCUACGCCACUGGUGGCAAGCUGAGUCAAUAACUGGCUCAAGAAGCAUUGUUUCGUGUGCACUCACGCAAAUAUUGGGAAGUUUUUAUUUGAAGGAAAAUUUUCUCCCUCAGGCUCAGGAAAGGUUGGCGGAAGUAGAGAAAGACAGACAAGAUCUCCUGUGUCUUCAAUCUCUUCACAAACUCACAUGGAUUCCUGACAAGGUUUCAUUUCUUUCUGCUUUGUGUGUCUUCAAUACUGCGAGCAAAUCUCUGAUUCCUGCAAUAUGAAGUUGUAUGAUUCUGCCGCGAUCAUCAGCCUACUUCCUAAUUUAACUCUAUCAAGCACCACAGGUUUGCAAUGAUUAUUGAUUGAUUGACAGUCAAUUGGUAAUUGAUUGUAUUCUUUCAGAUUGUAUCACGUUGUAUGAACACAAAAUGCAGAGCACCAUUCAGUCAGGUAUACCUAUCUAUACGAUUACGUCGUGAUAUAAGAUGACGUCAUGAUAUAUGAUGACAUCAUGAUAUGAGAUCACCUCAUGCUGUGAUGACGUCAUGACAUGACGUCAUGAUAUAUGAUGAUGUUGUGAUAUGCGGUGACUUUAUGUUAUAUAGUGAUGUUAUGCGAUGAGGGAUUAUAUGAAUUUAGAAUAAGUUUUUUGGAUUAUAAACAACAGAUAACCAUCCAUUGCCCAUGAAGAGUUACAUUUAUUCUUUUAAGACAAGACGACGCCAUCACUGCCGGUGUUGUGGUCGAGUGUUCUGCUCAGGUUGUUCGUCACAGCUUUCACCGUAAGUAGAGAAUAGUGUUUCGUUUAUUUCUUUAUUUUAGCUUUGCUUGUAUUAAUACCCAUUUUAACCAUUUUAAAUUAUAGAAACAGAAACGAAUGUAAGUGAGUAAUUUAUUUAAGAUGAGUCUUACCUUUCUUCCAGACUUGAACAACUUGGCUACUCAGAUCCAGUGCGCAUGUGUAAUCAAUGUUUUGCACUUCUUGAUGAAACUUUUGUUGAGGUUGGAUGUACAGAGAAUGACACCUGA